AUGGCUGCAAACGCCCUACACAACCUCUACCGUCUAGCCAUCCCCGUCGCUACGGGUGCGGCUCUCGUCAACGCCUCGUUGUACGAUGUCCGCGGCGGAACCCGGGCAGUCAUCUUCGACCGAUUGUCGGGAGUGCAGGAGACAGUGGUCAACGAGGGCACGCAUCUUCUGGUUCCGUGGUUGCAGAGAGCUAUUAUCUACGAUGUCCGUACGAAGCCGCGCAAUAUCUCGACGACAACAGGGAGUAAGGAUUUGCAGAUGGUUAGCUUAACGCUGAGAGUUCUGCACCGGCCUGAUGUUCCCAAGCUGCCGGCCAUCUACCAGUCCUACGGUACUGACUACGACGAACGUGUCCUCCCCUCCAUCGGCAACGAAGUCCUCAAAGCCAUCGUCGCCCAGUUCGACGCCGCCGAACUCAUUACCCAACGUGAAGCCGUCUCCAACCGGAUCCGAACUGACCUCAUGAAGCGCGCCUCCCAGUUCAACAUUGCCCUCGAAGACGUCUCCAUCACCCACAUGACCUUUGGAAAGGAAUUCACCCGCGCUGUCGAGCAGAAGCAGAUUGCCCAGCAGGACGCUGAGCGGGCACGGUUCAUCGUCGAGCGGGCCGAGCAGGAACGGCAGGCAAACGUCAUCCGUGCGGAGGGUGAAGCUGAGAGUGCGGAUAUUAUUAGCAAGGCGGUGGCUAAGGCUGGAAGUGGGUUGAUUGAGAUUCGGAGGAUUGAUGCAAGCAAGGAAAUUGCGAAUACGCUGUCAAGUAACCCGAAUGUUACUUACUUGCCCGGUGGUGAGGGCAAGGAGGGUGGAAAGAGCACGAGCUUGUUGUUGGGCUUGAGGGGUUAA